CGUGUUCCGUACGGAGUGAUAAGUUCGGUACCAGUGAGCUUGUACUCCUUUGCUUGGUGUGGCCAUAUUAGCGUGGCGUAGUUGGGCGUUGCUGUCUGUGUACUUUGUGUUUUUAGUUGUUGAUCCGCUUAGACAUGGCUACGAAGUCUGUAAAGCGGACCACUAUAACUUCUACUGCAUCUUCUUCGAUCUCAUCGCCUCAACCUGGCACUUCUACUCCUACACCGGGGUCGGGCAGGCCGGGUAGUCCCUUAAGCCCGACCCGGUACAGCCGUUUGCAGGAAAAGGCAGAUCUCCAAAAUCUUAAUGAUCGGCUGGCAACUUACAUUGAUCGCGUGCGGCAGCUAGAGCAAGAAAAUAGCCUACUAACUCGAGAGAUACAGAGCAGUCAGGAAACUGUCACAAGAGAAGUUAAGAACUUAAAAUCAAUCUAUGAGCAAGAGUUGGCCGAAGCCAGGAAGAUGCUGGAUGAAACUGCAAGAGACAGGGCAAGACUAGAGAUAGAAGUAAAACGGCUGAAGGAUGACAACGAUGGCUUGAAAACGCAGUUAGAUCGCAAGUCGAAAGCAUUGGCGGCUGCUGAGAAGAAUCUACAACUCAAUGAUAUGAGACUUAAUGACUUGUCCAACAAAUACAAGCAGGCAGAAAAUGAACGGCUGAAAGCUGUUGAAGAACUGAGGGAACUACAGAAAGAAUGUGAAGCUCUCCGUAAGCAAAUUGAAGAACACCGCAAACAUCUGGCAGAUGAAACAUUACUAAGAGUUGAUGCCGAGAAUGCAUUGCAAACAUUGAAGGAACAACUUCAGUUCAAGGAGCAGGUAUUCGAUCAAGAAUUAUCGGAAGUGAGAACACGGCGUCAGAUUGAAAUAAGUGAAAUUGAUGGAAGGCUCACACAGCAAUAUGAAGCUAAGCUUCAACAGUCUUUACAAGAACUAAGAGACCAGUAUGAGCAACAGAUGAAGCAGAAUCGUGAUGAGAUUGAAAGCCUGUAUGAUAGCAAGGUGAAGAGCCUACAGAAUCAACUGCAACGCAACAGUGAUGCUUCGUUGAUGGCCGUAGAUGAGCUCAGGCAGUCGCGCACAAGAAUUGAGGGCCUCAAUGGCAGGAUUGCUGAACUGGAGUCAGCUAAUGCAUCUCUUCUGAGGCGUUUGCAUGAGCUUGAGCAACUGUUGGAUGAAGAGAGACAUAAGUUUAAACUUGACCGUGAUGUGUUGGAAAAGGAACUACAAGCCUUGCGUGAUGAAAUGGCAAAUCAGUUGCAAGAAUAUCAAGACCUCAUGGACAUCAGAGUUGCUUUAGAUCUGGAGAUAGCUGCAUACAGGAAAUUAUUGGAAUCGGAAGAACAGAGGUUGAACAUAAGCCCAGGGCAGUCUCCCGCUUCUCCAGGGCGUGUGUCGAGAAGCACCCCACUGCGCAGAACUCCUGUGAGGGCACAAAAGCGCAAGCGCACUAUGCUGGAAGAAUCUGAGGAAGCCAGUCUUUCAGACUAUAAAGUUAAGAGCAGUGCAAAAGGUGAAGUGCACAUCACUGAAGUCUGCCCAGAUGGCAGAUUUGUCAGACUUCAGAAUAAAAGUGGAAAGGAAGUGAAUUUGAGUGGCUGGCAACUGAUAAGACGUGCAGGUGAUAAUGAAACAGUUUUCAAAUUUCACCGUAGUGUUAAAAUUGAGGGUGGUGCUACCAUCACUGUGUGGUCAUCAGAUGUAGGGCAGACACAUGAGCCACCAAAUAAUAUUGUGAUGAAAGGACAGAAGUGGUUUGUUGGGGAAAGUAUGAUUACUACACUUUUGAACAACCAAGGAGAGGAAAUGGCAGUCAGUGAGCGCAAACGCCAAAUAUUGACCAGUUCAUCAUCCCAUCACAGGGAAAUCUCCUCUGGUUAUGGUCACCAUAGAACUUUUGAUGGUGAAGAACUAUAUCACCAGCAGGGUGAUCCUCAAGGAGAAGAUAGAUGCCGGAUAAUGUGAAGAUGGGAGCUGUGAAUGUCUAAAUUUAGAUAGAUCCCAUGAGAGGUGGAAAAUACCCUGCAAGAAGGGUGCAUUAGGUCUCUAAUUUUAUUUGGGGAAAAAGGAAAUGUUUAUAAAAUGUAUGAAUUAACGGUUGGUGCUCUAGGGAUGUUUGGACUGACCUGGAUAAGCUUUUUUGUUGUGUGGGCUCUUGUGGUAAAGUAUAUGGGAGUGUGCUGGUGCCCAUGAUAGUCUGUGACUCCUUUAUGCCGGGUGUUCACACAAGUACAAAAUACUGUGCAUCAUCAUUCAUUUUCAUGAUAGUGCUGUCAAUACGUUUUUGAUGUUUUUUGUGUGUGUAGCAUAGAUUUUGUAUUGAAAUUGAAACAUAUUUAUAAGCAUUUGACUCAUAAGUAUCUUCAUUCCCCAUGGGAUAAUUUAUUAUACAGCACAGAAACUGUGCUGAUUACAUAUACUUCUGUAAUUUAUUUGCAUUGUUCCUUGCCCAGUAAUUUAAUAAUACGGAACUUAUUUUUGUACUGACUUAAAUACUGAAGGCCUCCCUUAGGCUCUGUGAAUUGACAGUGGCUCAAGCUCAGUAUGAUGAUUCUGAGCUGCCCUGCAGGCAGUCCAUAUCAUCCCCCCAUAUUUCCUUCCAAGUGUAUAACAUCACCUAAACUUUCCAGUUUCAUUUCAUUUUAAUAUUUUAUUGUACUCAUUCUCAUUUCAUAUGUAACUUUGUUAAUAUUUGUAGAACUUUUCUGAAAGUUCCAUACUUUUAAGAGUGAAGAUCAAAGUGCAAGUGAAGUUUUCAGCAUAUUUUAGUCACUUUGAUAAUAGACUACUUUUAAUGGUUUUUGAAUGUGCAGAAAACAUUGAUUUGAUGGUCAAUAGUUUACAAAAAGACGCUUCAGUUGUGCUGUACUAUUUGUAUACAUCCAUAACUUUUGUGUUUGGAUAAUAUUGUUUUGGAAAAGAUUUUAUCUCUAAAUAUCAAACAUUCCCUUGCACUUAUUAUAGUAAGAAUAUUAUAGUAUAAUGACACUUCUAUCUGCCUGAAAUGCUUCAUGGGGAUGGAAUUGUGAUAGGAGAUAAUUAUUUGCAAACUUGAAAUGUUAACAAAGCCACAAUAUUCUUUAUACUAACAAUAUUUAACAGAUGCACGUUAAGGUGGAUUUAUAAUGAAAAAUAAAACUAUCACACCAA